GCUGCAUCAGAAAUCUGAGCGGGAUGACUUGGUUAUUUUAUUUACCAAAGCUGAUUGAAGCAGAUACAUGUGAAGUCAUUGGGAGGUGAACCAUCUCCAAUUCAACAGUUUUACAUGUGGCACCCAUAAAAGAUGAGGCUGAGAACUCGGAAAGCUUCUCAGCAGUCAAACCAAAUUCAUACACAACGUUCAGUCAAAGCAAAGAGGAAACAUUCAGAGAUUGAAGAUAGUUUACCUUCGGGAGUAGAAAAAACACAGAAGAAUGAAACUGGCUUGUUAUCAUCAAUUAAAAAAUUCAUUAAGGGAAGCACACCCAAGGAAGAGAGAGAAAACCCUUCAAAGAGAAGUAGAAUAGAACGGGAUAUAGAUAACAACUUGAUCACAUCAACACCUCGGACAGGAGAAAAGCCCAAUAAACAGAUAUCUCGAGUAAGACGGAAAAGUCAAGUAAAUGGAGAAGCUGGUAGUUAUGAAAUGACAAAUCAACAUGUAAAACAAAAUGGAAAAUUAGAAGAUAAUCCUGCCACUGGGAGUCCUCCAAGGACUACAUUAUUGGGGACCAUUUUUUCUCCUGUCUUCAACUUUUUCUCACCAGCAAAUAAAAAUGGAACAUCAGGAUCAGAUUCCCCCGGACAAGCUGUGGAAGCUGAAGAAAUAGUAAAGCAACUUGAUAUGGAACAGGUAGAUGAAAUCACUACCAGUACAACUACAUCAACAAAUGGAACCGCUUAUUCAAAUCAAGCAGUUCAAGUCAGACCUACGAUAAAUAAUGGUUUAGAAGAAGUGGAAGAAGCAACCAAUCGUGAUAUACCACCUCUUACAGCACCUGUGUCUCCAGAUAGUGGCUAUUCAUCAGCCCAUGCAGAAGCAACCUAUGAAGAAGAUUGGGAAGUAUUUGACCCCUAUUAUUUUAUCAAGCAUGUUCCCCCAUUGACAGAGGAACAACUAAAUAGGAAGCCAGCUCUUCCUUUGAAAACAAGAAGUACACCAGAAUUUUCUCUAGUCCUAGACUUGGAUGAAACACUAGUGCACUGUAGUCUAAAUGAGCUAGAAGAUGCUGCACUCACUUUUCCAGUUCUUUUCCAAGAUGUCAUUUAUCAGGUUUAUGUACGAUUAAGACCAUUCUUCAGGGAAUUCCUGGAACGUAUGUCUCAAAUUUAUGAGAUCAUUCUUUUUACUGCUUCUAAGAAGGUGUAUGCAGACAAGUUACUGAACAUACUAGACCCUAAAAAGCAGCUGAAUGAGGAUGUUCGACCUCACAUCAGAGACAGAUUUCGCUUGCAUGACUUGCUACCCCCAGAUUAAACAUGAAGAUUUUUUCCAAAUCACUGAAGGGGGGGGAAAAUGCAGGACCCUUAUGGA